CUUUACGAUGUGCGCGGUUGUGUUGUAGAAGUUUUAUAGACCAAUAGGCAUCUAUUGAAAAUACUCAGGAAGCCGUUUAAGCAAAUUAAACAUGGUAGGAUCGCGCUUCGCCCUAUAAGCGUCCUGCAGCUUUAUGCUUUACCGAUCAAUUGGUACAGUGAAACACAGCAGACCUGCAGUCUCGCCUGCUUUCGGAGAAACAGGGAUCACUCUACAAUGUCCUAUCCUCAAUUCGGAUAUCCUUACACGUCUGCACCCCAGUUCCUCAUGACCACCAACUCUUUGACAUCUUGCUGCGAGUCGAGCACCAGAUCCAUCUCGGAUUCCUCUGCGCAAACGCCCGUGUACUGUCCCGUGUAUGAAAGCAGACUGCUGGCCACUGCCAGACAUGAGCUCAGCUCCGCCGCUGCGCUGGGAGUCUAUGGGAACCCGUACACAAGCAGUCAAGGCUAUGGGAAUUAUGUUACCUAUGGAGCCGACGCCUCAGCUUUCUACUCUUUGGGAACAUUUGAUGCUAAGGAUGGAAGUGCGUCUGCGCAUGCGGGGAUAACACAGGCUGCUGCAUAUUACCCAUAUGAUCCCACAGUGGGACAGUACCAGUAUGAUAGAUACGGAUCUAUGGAAGGAGGAACCAGAAGAAAGAAUGCCACUCGUGAGACAACGAGCACGUUAAAAGCAUGGCUUCAGGAGCACAGGAAAAACCCCUACCCCACCAAAGGCGAGAAGAUCAUGCUGGCCAUUAUUACCAAAAUGACCCUCACACAAGUGUCCACAUGGUUCGCCAACGCCAGAAGAAGACUCAAAAAGGAAAACAAGAUGACAUGGCCACCGAGAAACAAGGGCUCAGAGGAUAGGAAAUAUGAUGAUGAGGAUGAGAAUGAGUCACAAGAAGAUCAGAUCAAAAGUGAAACCAAUGAUGACGAGAGCAAAAGUCGGGAGGAAAAGGAACUUCAGUUGAGUGACUUGGACGACUUCGACACCAUCGAGUCAGAGAGCUCCGAGUGUGAACUCAAACACCGCUUUAUCAUGAACACGCACAUGGCGACCACCGAUGAUCGCCUCAAAGAACCCUCUCCAAAACUUGCCAUUCCUGGUCUGCUCGAAGCUGCCUGCGAUUUAACCAAAAGCUGCUUAAAAACGACCUCGGAAGACUGCGAACACGACAUCGGUGACCUUCGGCACGCCAAAACGUGUUUCCAGAAGCAUGGCUAUCCGUUACUGGACAGCAAACCCCGUAUCUGGUCUCUGGCCCAGACCGCGACCUCAUUGAACCCAACAGAGUACCCCUCCUGUAUGCUUAGAUGUCAACCAUCACCCUCGGCCUCCUCACCUGUAAAUGGGCUGGAAAGACAGCAGGAUUCGCCAGUUACCACUCUCAGAAACUGGGUAGAUGGAGUUUUUCACGACCCCUUGUUUAGACACAGCUCCUUAAACCAAUCACAGACGAACACUACAGUUUCUUGGACCACCACGACCAAAGAGUCUAUCUUAGAGACAGGAGCCCUUGGACGAUCCAUAGGGAACAGCAACGUGAUAAAAACACAACAGCAAGAGGCCAGUAAGGACAGUGUGACUUUUCCAAAGGCGUUGAAUAAACUAUUCUGUUCCUAGCACACCAAAUGUAUCAUAGAAACCGAAGAGGACUGAUUGAAAUAGCUGCUUAUAACAGUUAACAAAUGCCCGACUUUGAAUCAAUGGGCCCAAAAUAUGUUGGACUUUUUUGUUACAUAAAAUAAUUGCGCUGUCAUGGGAAAUUGUAUGUAUUUAUUGUGAACUGACAUCUCACUGAUAGUCCCAAAACGGGAUUGGUUAAUAUAUUUAUUUGUUUGGCUGAAUUUGUUUUACGCACGUUGAGUUUGUGUUCCGAAAGACAAUCUAGUUUUGUUUCGCGUUAUUUUAAUUGUUUUAUUUGGCAUGCAUAUGUUACUACAUUGUUUGAGGUAUUCUUUUAGAUGAACUCGGACCUUGUUGCAAAGACUCACAAGUGUCAUUGGUAAUAAAGUACUAUGGCACAAAUGCACAAAUCUCCUUGAAAUCGGGGAAUGUUCAAAUCUGCUCAUUAUAAUAAACAGUCGACUUUUCGUAGCUCUAAAGUCUGUGUAUCGAUCAAAGGCGCUGUCCAUGGUGCUGAACACACUGGUCCCGUUAAGAUGAAUUUGACUGCAACUGUUUAUGGUUCCAAAUAGGCAAUGCAUUUACACGCUCUGUGUCAUGUUUACUGUGUUUGGGUUUGCAAUGUUCACUCAAUCACUGUAUAUCAUUCACUCUCAUGCUCUGAGUGGUGAGAUGAGGCCCCAAGGAGCCAUAAGACAACGCUGGAUGAGCCCCAUUAACCCACCAUAACCAGCCUGUAAUUGGGAUGUUUCCAGUCAUCAUUCACUUCAUUCUAUAGAUUUCUACUCUUCCUCUAAUAAUAUUAUCGAAGCACCAAAUCCUUUACCUUGACUCAACAGUUAAGAUGGCUUGAGUUAUCCAGACAGCUCGUUCGUGUGGUAGCAGAAGCGAGAUCAUUUGAAAUGUUCAUCUUGACACAGACCCCUCAAUUUCUAUAGGUUCUUUGUACUCAGAGGUUUUUUCACUGGGGCACGUAUCUAAGUGAAAAGGGCAAGAUAAUUAGUUGGUCCAGAUGAAAGGGCAAAAACAUGCAUUCAAAUGUAGGAGUUGACAGUGAUGUUGAGAGUGUGGCCUCUAGAGGACUGGGGUCUGUUGAGGGGGGCUUCAGUGAUGAAUUUUAAUGUGAGACCCAAACGAUUGAGAUCUUCUCCUGGAUUAUCCCAAGGACAAAGACAUACAAAACGUGUUUAUCUGUCCAACACAAUGCACAAUAAACAA